UACAAGGUGAACCAAAAGCAUUAUAAUUGUGUUUGCAUAAUCUAUUGCAUUCUUUGGAGCUAUAAUGAGUUUUACUGCUUUAUCAAAGUUGCUUGGUUUUGCAAAAAAUUCUUUGCCUUUAAAUGUUAGUAGAUCUUUCAGUAUGACGCCUGUUUUAGGUCACAUACGUAAAUUAACGAGGUUACGUGUUGUAGAUAACAGCAACAUUGGAAAGCAAGCCAUGCUAGAAGGUAAACCUCCUCGUUGUAUUCAUAUAUAUAAAAAGGCUAAAAGAUAUGCUAUUGGAACUGUCGGCGAUAAAGUAUUGGUCGCUAUUAAGGGACUUAAGAAAAAGGCUUUUAUUGUUGGUGUAAAGAAAGAGCAAAAGCACAUGAUACCUAAAUUUGACUCAAACAAUAUAGUUCUGAUUGAUGAUCAUGGAAAUCCCUUAGGCACCAGAGUUUUAGUGCCAAUUCCAUCAUUUCUUAGAGGACGAGGAGAAUUCUCAAAGAUCAUCGCUAUAAGUUCUAGAUUUGUCUAAAACUUACUCUAAGAUAUUAUUCAUGUGAAAUUAUAUAAUCUUCAUGAAUUUUUUGAAGAAAAUGCAGUUGCUCUAACAUUAGGUCCAGUUAGUAGUUUUGUACGUUGUUUUGUUUUGAAAACUUUUACUGAAAGAAAAACUUGUCUGCUGAAAUAAAGAUUUUAAAUUUAUUUCGUAAGAAUUGUUUUUACUUUAAAAAUAAAUCGUAUUUGUAUACAACUGGAUUAUGUAAUGGGAAUAUUCAGAGUUACAUGUAAAUAAAAGAGAACUGUGUUUAAAAUGUACAUAGAACGGAAAUUUUAUAAACACUGUAAUCCAACUCGGUCUUUCCUUCACGAGGUUUAUGUAUAAUUUUUUUUAUAAUACGCAGUCAGAAUUUCAUUUUUCAGGUUGUUUCAUGUUAUAGGGAGUAUACAGUACUAAUAAUACACUGUGUAUGAAAUAAAAAUUGUAUAUUCAAUACUAUAAA